CACAGGGCCUAUUUGAAUUUCUAUUUCGUUUCUAUAAUACAAUAGUUGAGAAACUUAUGACUGACACAUUUUCAGGUUGCCAAACUAAUGAAGGGGAGUGUAUACACAUACAUGUUUACGCCUUUUUCAGUCUGUACUGAUGACCCCGGGGAUAAUUCAAUGCACAUGGAGAUUUGGAGGACAAAGAACAAUUAUUUUUAUUUUAACUUGAACACGUGAUGUUCAAAUCAUGAAUUACAUAAAGCGACAUUGAGGUAGAUUUCAAUAUAAAUUAGUUUUUAACCGCUACUCAAUGCAGAUUACAUCAGGAAGAUGGAGAAAUACGGACCGAUUUCAUAUGCUUUUAUGAAAUCUGGAUAUCAAAGGAAAAAGGUGGCAGUUUGGAUGAUAAGCAUCAUGCUCUUCGUAAAUGGAGUAUCGAGCUCCAAGGAUCAACAAGCGUUAUUUGAGCGUUACCAGAAUGGUGGGGACUUUGGCGAAAACUCCUUAAAUCAGCAACACAAUAUACGGUCCGCAUUGAAUCAGCAACACAAUAUACGGUCCACAUUGAAUCAGCAACACAAUAUACGGUCCACAUUUUACUUAUCUAUUAGACACAGUAACAGAAAUGACGACAACUUGGAUUCAAUACUCCAGCCUCUAGAACUGAUCAAAAGAGCAGACAAAACAAUAGGGGGAAUUAUAGGAAUCACAAGCAAGCGAGAUACACUAUCUAAUGAUGAUAUGUGUCAUCUUGUUUGUUCUUAUUGCGCUGAGCAACUUGGCAGACGCUGGGCAGCUCUCUGCAUCUUUGAAUGUGAAAGUGGCAACGGCGGAAACUCAUAUGAUAAUUGUUUUUCCUUAUGGCAAGUGACGAUCAAUUAAUUCCAGGAUUGAAUUUGCAGUGGUCCAAUUUUUAUUUUUGAUAUUGUUUAUUCAUUGUUGGAUGAAGAACUGUACUCCCGGUAAAUUUCAACGCUAUAAAAUUUCUCGAUUUUUCAAAAUUGCAAUUUCGCGGGUGUUAAAUUUCGCGGCUAUUAAAUUUCGUUGAGUUGAGUUGAUGACAUUUCGCGGAUUGCACAAUUUGAAUUUUUCCCCACGCUCUGUAAACUCCAGUUCUAUUCAAGAAUAAUGCCAUGCCUAGUUUUUGGC